AUCGUACACGAUCCCCGCCGCAUCCCAUCCGAUCUCUCCAUAUACCCCUCGCGACUCGCCAUCUCCGCCAGCAACCAACAUAUACCGAUACCAUUAGUUUCUUCCCAUUGUUUUUGGCGUGCAUUUGGACUCUGACGAAACUUCCCCUCACCCCUGGGAAAUACACGGCCUUCCUAAUCGCCGUUGGGUGAAGUCAGCCGGUUGAUAGACUAGACCGCGCCUUCAACACCCCUCUUCUUGGCCGUGGCUCAUGUACAGCUACUAUCAGCCUAUGUCGUCCCCAAAUACUCGAAAACGACCAGCACCGGGUAGUGUGCCUAUACAACAUCAAAUGGCGGCGCCGUAUAAUUCGCAAGAACAGUUAUUGCGGUGGAAUGGGAACAAUACAGGCAAUUUUGUCGACAACACGACGAAUGGUGUGAAUUCCUAUGGCGUCGUACCUUCACCAACACAGGGUCAAUAUGGGCAAGCCACGCCCUCGACAGUCCUUGCGAGGCGGGGCAUAAACAAUGCCCUCGUUGCGACCAAUCGUGCAUUCACCCCGCAGCAGACUGAAUCUUGGCCGAAUUUCGACGAAAACUUACUCCCAAACCAAACAAAUGGUGGUGUCGAUGAACACGAUAAUAUAGAACUACUGGAGGAAAAGGCACAACGAGCGAAGAGGGAGGCUCAGGCGAAACGGAAGCAAAUCCCUCCGUUCGUACAGAAACUGAACAGUUUCCUAGAGGAAUCGAAGAACACGGACUUGAUCAGGUGGUCAGAGAAGGGUGACUCUUUCAUUGUGCUCGACGAAGACGAAUUCGCAAAGACUUUGAUUCCCGAACUUUUCAAGCAUAACAACUACGCAUCCUUUGUCCGACAGCUCAAUAUGUACGGCUUCCAUAAGAAAGUUGGUCUUUCCGACAAUUCCAUGAAAGCCAGCGAGCGCAAAAAUAAGAGCCCGAGCGAAUACUACAACCCUUAUUUCAAACGUGGCCAUCCCAAUUUGCUAUGGUUAAUUAACAAGCCCAAGAGUGGUAAUAAGAAAGGCGGCAAGAAGCGGGGCGAGGAUGGCGAUAUCGAGAGCGACGAGGAGGUCAUUGUGGCAGAAGAGCCUAUCGGCCAUCCUUACGUUCAACCUAAUACACAAAGCCGAGCACUACCAGCACCUGAGCCAGGACCGCUUCAGAAGAAGGAAUUGGCGGUUGUUCGGGAUCAGAUGGCAGCGCUACAGCAACGACAGAGACAAAUCAGUGAUGCAAUCCAACGGCUCCGACAGGAGCAUAACCAACUAUACCAGCAAGCCAUUAUGUUCCAAAACCAGCACGAUCGCCAUGAGAACUCCAUUAAUGCUAUCUUGAAUUUCCUCGCAAAUGUAUUUAGGAAAUCUCUAGAGGAACAAGGGGGCGUGCAGAAUAUGAACGAUUUAUUGGCCAGCAUCAUACCUAACGUCCAGAUGCCGCCACAACAGGGUCAAGGCAAUGUGGUCGACCUCGGCGAUUGGAUACAACAGCAAGUCCCCCGGAAUGCGACGCCGGUCGGUACACCUAAGAGGCAGCACCGUCUCUUGCCUCCUAUUCCUCAGAGUCAACCCCCCAAGCCCUCCCCACCACCAUCAACAACCACCACCACCUCCACUCCGUUCCCGAGUUAUUCAAAUAACCAGCAACCCCAGGUUGGGCAAGUGACAGAAGUUUUCGAUACCCCAACGGAGUCUUCAGCUACACCCGCUUACCUUAAGCAGGAGCUUGAGUCAAAUCCUCAAGAGGGCAUGAUGAAGAUUAUUCAAGACGCGAACACAAAUGCCGGCAAUGUUUCUGUUGAUCUUCCCAACAUGGCCGCCAACACCUCAGCAACAUUGACCAAUGAUCAACGAAACCGUAUGCUCAGCAUCAUGUCUGGCGGGCAAAAUAGCGUCGCUCCCACUCCUGUCUCUUCCAUACCCUCUCCUUCCGUAGGAGGAGAUACAAAUUCCACCGCUGUAGGAAUUCCAUCAACGGCAAGCAUACCAGUCACAAGCGCACGAAAUUCACUUUCCCCUCUCAUGCCUUCAUCAGUUCUCCCACCAUCUAUUCAACGAAUAUCACAAACAGAAGAGGAGUUGGAUCAACUUCAGCGAUUACAACACGAACAGACACAAAAACUGGAAGAUCUUGGUCAUCUGUUAGGUCCUUUAAGUCCAUCUGGUCGGAUACCCGGCCUGGACGAAACCGGUUAUUUUGACGACAAUAUUGAUCUCAACCAGUAUCUGGAACCUAAUGCAUACACUGCUGACGGAACGGGUAACGACUUUAACUUUGACGCACCGGCUUUUGGCGACAACGCGAAUUUCGAGUGGAAUCCUGAUGGUACUGAAUUUGGAAUCACUGAUGGUCUAAAUACUAGCCGGAUUGUUGAGACAAACACGCCAAGUCACAAGUCCCCAAGUCCGACCGUCACAGAAGAAAUAUCGCGGAAUGACUCGGAUGAUAGUCCCGGCCGAGCUGCUAAACGGCAACGAAAAGCAUAGUAUUCUGUCGACCACGCCGAAUUAGCUAGCAUUCGGUACUCCUAGGGGAAAUAAUAUGACCUCCACGAAACACUACGAACAGGACAACCAGCCACCUCAUUACGGCUGAUGAUUGUUGUUGGGUUCAUGCAUGGCGUUUUUUAGGGUGUGUCAC